CUCACGUCGGUGUGAUCAAAAAUGAAGUCACUGGUUUGGCACGCAAAAUCAUAGUAUUUUCAUUUUAUUAUACGUAUUUAUACCCAUGUUUGAUUUUGUUCGGAAAAUUUUUUAAAAUUAUAUGUUCAUAACGUGAUAUUUUCGAAACAUAACUUAACUCUAAAAAUUUGAAAUAAAUUUUCUUUUUUGACGUUCCGCCUAACUUGCGCUGAUCCAUUCGUCGGUUAUUACAUCCGUAUUAUAGCCUUUAGAAUAUUUUUAAUCUGACAAAUACGACCGAUUCGAAAAUGGAGGAAAGCAGUAUCGUCUACAGUCAACCAGAAGUAAUUUACGUGGCUGAGUAUAUCAAAAACAGACUUUAUUUCGCAACGUUGGCGGCGGGUCGAAGAGAAGCGCGAAGUACACCGAAUAUUCAUUUCUUCAGUAUAGACAACGAACUGGUGUAUAAUAACUUUUACAACGAUUUUGGUCCAUUGAAUUUGGCCUGUCUUUACAAAUACUGUUAUAAAAUAAAUGAGAAAUUAAAAAGUUCAGCGAACAAACAGAAGCAAAUUGUUCACUACACCUCGCAAAAUCAACAGAAAAGAGCAAAUGCCGCUUACCUGAUCGCUUCGUACGCUAUUUUGUACUUGAAAAAAUCACCGAAGGAAGCCUACAAGCCACUUGUCACACCCGAUGGACACCCACUGCGACCAUUUCAAGAUGCUUCGAUGGGCGUUUCCAUCUAUAACAUAAAGCUUCUAGAUUGUCUAAACGCUAUUCAUAAGGCAGCAGCGUUCGGUUUCUUCAAUUUCGAAGACUUCGAUCUGGCCGAAUACGAGAGAUAUGAACAAAUGCGGAAUGGAGAUUUAAACUGGAUGGUCCCACAAAAGUUUUUGGCAUUCGUUGGCCCGAGCACAGAGCUCGGUUCGGUACAUCAUCCCCCCGAACACUACGUCGAAUACUUUAAAAAAAACAAAGUUUCAGCCGUCGUCAGACUUAAUAAAAAAUCUUACGACGCAUCUAGAUUUACUAGAGCUGGAAUCACCCAUUACGAUAUGUUCAUGCCCGAUGGAAGCGUACCUCCGAGAAGAGUGCUUGAACAUUUUUUACAAUUGGCCGAAUCGACUACCGGGCCCAUCGCUGUGCACUGUAAGGCUGGGUUAGGUAGAACGGGAUCUCUGAUCGCAGCUUAUUUGAUAAAACAUUAUCGAAUGUCAGCGAAAGAAGCAAUCGCGUGGUUGAGAAUAUGUCGGCCUGGAUCUGUUAUUGGAUACCAACAAGCUUGGCUCGAAGACAUGGAGAGUGAACUGUGGCGAGAUGGACAACAUUACAGGUUGAAGUAUCAUGGGGACGGAGACAUGAUAUUGCAUCACGAGAGGGGAAUUUAUUCGAUUGCUAAUAAAAUGGAAAACAAAUUCCACCAGACUUUGGAUAACAAGCGAUUUGACGCCAUCCGUUACGAUAAAAACUUGAGCAAGUCAUUUAAUCAAUUAUUUAAUUUAGUGCAAAUGCAUUUCGGUCAAAUGGGGUUUUAGGUGAAUGAACAUUCAUCGUAACGAACUAACGUAGACAGGAAAUAUUCUAGGAAACAAUGGUUUGAAGCAACCCGCUGUUCUAACAGAACCGAAGAAAUCACACAUUCAUUCCAAUGGUUCUACAAAACCAAACUUGGCUGGAAUUUUAGGUAUAAAUAAAUUGAGAUUCGAUAAUACACAGAGAGUUGAAAGCGAUAAGGGUAGGAGAAGCUAUUACUUACUAUGCUUCAAAAUGCUAUAAAACCGUAAUGGUGCGUGUAUUAAAUAGUGUAUAAAUGUAUGAAAUCCAUAAUAGGGGUAUUCGAAGCUUAAAAGGUGACAUUUGGCAUGUGGAUAAUAAUGACAUUCCAUCUCCUCUUGAUUUUAUGAUUGUUUUCAGGUAAAUUACGCAUUGUUGAGGGAAACGCAUCUUCGAAGUCUCAACAAAUUUCGGGGAUGCGCCGACGAGCGGCAACGGAUACUACGAAAUUUAAACCAAAAGCGGGCAGUAACAAUCUGCAGAGUAUGACACAGGGAGAUUUACUUAACGAGAUAAAAAUAAAUCGGAAUAAAAUAUCGAUGAAUUCUCUGCAGUUAUUGUCGAGAAACAAUUUAACAACAACGCCACAGUCUACUUUACCCAAUAAAAAAAUACAAAGAAGGUAGUGAAAAACGAUGUGACGAACGUGUAUAUUUGUUGUCAGAAGUAACUGAUUAGUCCUGUUGUUUCAUUUGGUACAUCAAUAAAGUGCUGUCUGAAAGAGACACAGAGU